AAAGUGAGGGGAAGUGACGCACCGGAAGGAGGUGUCGCCCUCUUUCCUCCAUUAGGCGAGUUAGCCAUUUUAACCAUGGGCCGCAGACCUGCCCGUUGUUACAGAUACUGUAAGAACAAGCCUUACCCCAAGUCUCGGUUCUGUAGGGGUGUGCCUGACCCUAAAAUCAGAAUCUUUGACCUGGGACGGAAGAAGGCAAAGGUGGAUGAGUUCCCACUGUGCGGUCACAUGGUGUCUGAUGAGUACGAACAGCUGUCUUCUGAGGCCUUGGAAGCUGCACGCAUCUGCGCCAACAAGUACAUGGUGAAGACCUGUGGCAAGGAUGGCUUCCACAUCCGCGUGCGCCUGCAUCCUUUCCACGUAAUUCGCAUCAACAAGAUGUUGUCCUGCGCUGGGGCUGACAGGCUCCAGACUGGAAUGCGUGGAGCCUUUGGCAAACCCCAAGGUACUGUGGCCCGUGUCCACAUUGGCCAGGUGAUCAUGUCUGUGCGCACUAAGGCCCAGAACAAGGAGCAUGUCAUCGAGGCCCUGCGCAGAGCCAAGUUCAAAUUCCCUGGACGCCAAAAGAUCCACAUUUCCAAGAAGUACGGCUUCACCAAGUUCAACACUUCUGACUUUGAUGACAUGAUCCAGGAGAAGCGCCUAAUCCCAGAUGGAUGUGGGGUGAAGUACAUCCCCAGCAGGGGUCCACUGGACCGCUGGAAGGCCCUCCAUGCUGAGUAAACAGUGCAAUACAGAAGUGUUGAGCAGAGAAUAAAGAUUUGAAUUGUCAACA